AAAAUAUUCAAUAUUAAGAAAAAACAACAACUAGUUACCCACCCUACCUUCUUUUUGUAUUAUAUAGAGAUGAAUCCAUAUCAACAACCAUACGGUUAUCCACCACAAGGAGGUAUGCCACCACAAGGAUAUCCAAUGCAACCAGGUAUGCCAAUGCAACCUGGCUAUCCAAUGCAACCAGGAAUGCCAAUGCAACCAGGUUAUCCUAUGCAACCAGGUAUGCCUAUGCAACCAAUGCCAAUGCAACCUGGAAUGCCAAUGCAACCAAUGGGCCAACCUGGAUAUUAUGCUCCACCAACUGGUUAUGUUCAACCACCAGUGAGUUAUAAUACCACAACUAACUAUGCUUAUCCACCUACUCAUGGUCACGGAUAUUAUCAUCAUGGAAAGAAGAUGAAGUUCGGUAAGAGAAUGAAGUUUGGUAAGAAAUUUGGUAAAUUCGGAAAGAAGUGGUUCUAAAUUAAUUCUAGAUGAUCUUAUUUCUAUAAAUUAUUGAUUUAUUGUCAA